AUGCCAAGACCUCCCAGACAGCAUUUGAUGCUGUCCGGGCGAUUCAAUGCCCCGCAGAAAGUGAACUACAUAAAAGCGGUCAAGGCUGAGCUGGACAGCGUGUGGAAAAUUAUGACAUUUAUGGUGCAAGCAGGCCCUGGCGAGAAUUUUGGUGACCAGACGGAUGAGGGCCUGUUCAUGGCAAAGGCCAUGGUGGCCUUUGUCACCGAUGAUUACGGUGCCAAAACUGGUGCUGGGUACGAAACGUUUGAAGAGGUCAAAUAUGCCAUUGUUAAUAAGCUUCCCAUCAUACCCGUGAAGAUGUGUCGUGAAUACCCCCCUACCCCCACCGACAGCGACGGUGGCAUCAAGGGCAUGUCGCAGAACUCCAAGGCUCUUCCCAGUAGCUUAGUUCGCAUAGAGGAUGAGAAUAUGACGAAUCCGAAGGCCGUGGCUCGCCAAAUAGCAGAGUCAUGGUUUCAGCUGUUUCCAGAUCAACGGCAAGCGUCAACCAGCUCUGGCGGCUACGCAGCACAGAGCGUUCCUGCCCCAUCUGUCUUGCCCGAGCUGAAGCACCCUCAGGAGCAGGUCCAGAGGCUCCUAAACGAGUCCGACAAUCUUCUCAAACAGGGCGACUUUCAUGGCGCCAUGGCCAAAAGUCGCCAGGCACUCGAGGCUGACCCACAGAGUCCCUGGGCCAACUAUCUUCUGGGUUUGGCGAUGUGGCAAUGGGGGUCCAGACCUGGUGCCAUUCAACACGUUCUGCAGGCCCGGGAAGGAAUGCCAAAUUCCGCCCAGCUCCACGGCAACCUGGCUGCAAUGUACGGCUCCCAAGGCAACGUCGAGAAGGCGUUUUAUUUUUAUGCGGAAGCUGCGCGCCUCGAUCCGAACGAUCAAGACUUCAAAGAGGGAUUGGCGAAGAAGAAAUUGGAGAAACAGAAGCUAGAGGAGCAGGAAAAACUGAAUCGCAAGCUUAAGGAUAUAGCACGUGAUGGAUCGGCGGAGGAGCUCCGGGGGCUCCUGAAAGCCGGUGCCGACAUGGCUUGGAUUGACUGCAUAGAUUUCAAUCGCUCAGCGCUGAGUAGUGCAGCCAUGAGUGGCAAUGCCCCCACAGUUCAGGCCCUGCUCGAUGCCAGGGCCUACCCGGACAUACACGGAUUCGGUGGCAUGGCUCCGCUGCAUCACGCGGCAAAGAACGGCUAUGGUCAUGUAGUCCAGAUCUUGCUCAAAGCGGGGGCCAACAAGUUCCUCAAAUGUAACGGCAAGACGCCCCUUGAAGAGGUAUUGUGCGACAACUACGCUUCGGCGGCCACGAAGGAAGCGAUGCAAAAGCUGCUGAGGUGA